GACCUUAGCUGGAGGCUGCGAGCCUCCUCGGUAAACUAGCAGCAGAUGCCGAUAUGUCACUUCGCCGCCAAUGUCUGACUUUCUUUAAAUAUAGCUUGAGAUAAAGAAUAAAUAGCGGACAAUGGACUCCCCAGAAGCGGUGGCUUCAACCCACAGUGAAAGAAGAGAAGACACAGCGCCAAGCACAUCAAAUACAUCUGGUCAAGGAGAAGAUGGACCAACGAAGCCAAGGAAGGCAUCGUUGAAGAGGACCAAUAGUAAGCCUACAAAUGCAAAAGCCAAGAAGCCUAAAAAGGCCAGAGCCUCCAGGCCUGCCCAGCUCGGCUACACUGUCCAUCAAGGGGAAGACAUGCUUCUCGUCAUAUCGAGUUCUACUUCUCAGUACGCUGGUUCAGCCUGGAAACCCCCAAAGAAGGGAGGCAAAAAGAAGAAGCUAAAGGGAAAAGCAAAACCGAUAAAGAAGACAAAGACACAACGCACUACUACAACGCCUAAACUGGCGAAUAAGCCAGUUGCAAAGGAAACAGAGGACACUCGUUUGUUUGUGCCACAGAAAGCUACAGACCACAGGUGGGGUGAGAGUCUUCCUGAGGAGGUGCUCAUCAGUAUUUUUCAGAUGGUGGUCGUCCAAGAUGGUGCUGUACCAUUUCUCUGCAGGGUGGGCAGAGUGUGUCGCCUGUGGAACGCGGCGGCCUCCAGUCCCGUGCUGUGGCGUAAAGUGACUGUCGGUCACUGCUGGAUCGCCCCGGGGAAGUCCCAGCCCCCUAAAACUGAGAAGAAGAUUCAAGACACUUUCAACUGGCUGGCACAGAACAGGUUCUCUCAGCUCCGAGACUUCUCUCUCUGUCACUGGUCAAAGAACGUCUCCUAUGCAGUCGAGGUUGUGUCUCAGUUCUGCCCUCACCUGCGCUCCCUGAAGCUCUCGUACUGUACGGGCCUGACGGCGACAGCCUUCCACACACUCGCUCUGCACGGCCGGUCUCUGCAAAGCAUGAAUCUCCAGUAUUCAGAGUUCCAGGUUGAGGGACUGCUGGAGUACCUCGAAAAUCAUGGAGGCCAGAUCAAGCAAAUUUUGUUCACUCAUGGACUAAAGAAUGACAGACUUCUGACUGCCAUCACCAAGGGAAACUGUCCUGAUUUGGAGUUCCUGGAGGUCAACACGAAGCUCGACAGUAAAGAUUGUGAACUUCCCAUUUGCAUCCAGGCACUUCAGAUGGCAUGCCCUAAACUCAAGACCUUCCGGAUGCUGAAUGUCAGACCUCUGCACAAGACGAUGCGUAAUGGCGCUGACUCGCCGUCGGGCUUCCCGUUGCUGGAGGAGCUGUGCAUCGCAACAACCUCCUAUUCAUACAUGACCGACAAAGACUUGUGGGACAUCCUCUUUGGCUCCACCAGGCUGCGGGUGUUGGACCUGCGAGGCUGUUCUCGAAUCACACCAUCCGGUCUCACCACACUGCCCUGUCUCGAGCUUGAGUGUCUGUUCUGGGGUCAGUACUUCAGCAGCAAUGUCGGGUUGCCAUCACCGAAGAAGGGGCUUCACAUGUUGACCGAGAAGUGGAGUCGCACGCUGCAACAGCUCGACAUCGCAAACCAGCUCUUCGCCGAGGAGGACUUGGAGAUGGCGAUGAGUCACCUCGCUCACGGCACAGAGGCAGAUACUCUUCGCUCACUAAACCUGAGUGGGACCAGGAUCACACCGCCGGCCCUCAGGCCGGUCGUCGGCCAAAUGACUGCUCUCAGCUACCUCAACCUUUCAUCCUGCCGUUAUCUUCCACGAGGACUGAAGAGAAUUUAUCGUGGCCACGAGGACGUUCGCCAGCUGCUCGACAAAUUGGAGUAGAUGUCACAUUCAUUUGGUUCCAAAAGUAGUUCCAGGCUUAGGUGAAUGCCUUAAAACACGCCUCUUUGUGAAUCACGUGGUUAUGAUGAAAUGUUGUUUAGAUAUUUUAAAUUUACUUGUAAAUGUCUUUUUAUAUAUAUGUGUACCAUACGCAUAAACAGUUGAUGUUACUGUUCUAGAAAGCAAGGGUGUGGAAUCCACUGAGAACCUGUUGCUGCUCUAUUACUUAAUCCAAGGUAAGAGCACGGUCGACUCUACAUGUAGCUGAAGGGGUGACAUUGACAUGUUGCAAUUUAAUACAUUUAUAUGAAUUACCUUAACUGUUAAUUUACAGGGAUAUUUAGUUGUGUGUACCCAGGUUUCUUGUCUUUCUUCUUUUUUUAAAAUACAUUUUUACACCAAGUUACAAUGAUACCAGACAAAAUAAAUAUUUGACAUUAAAAAUGAAUAUUCAAAAGGU